CCAGCAGCCAGAGACACUGAGAGGACAGCCUCAGACUCUCAGGAGACACACUGGACAUCCCAGGGAGGCAAGGUGGAGCUGUGUCCCUGUCACAAGACUGAGUAGAUAUGAAAUGCCCUCUGCUCCUGCCCCUUCUCCUGCUGGGGACAGUUGCUGCUCUUCAUCUGGAGAAUGAUGACCCCCAUUUGGACAUCCGAGAGACACAGGCAGACCUGACCCAGGAUGUGGAAGGUUCAGGGGAGCAGGAGGGAGAGUUGGCCCUGACAGCAGAGGUGAUUCAGUCAGAAGGAGAGGAGGCUAAGGCUUCCACCAAUCAAGACACCUUUGAGGAUGAGCAGGCCAUGGAGUUGGACCCAGCAGCCCCAGCUGAACAGUUGCAGUGCCCCAGGGAAGAGGAAACAAUACAAUUACGUGGCCAUCCUGGGUGCAAGAAUGUCAACUACCUUUUGGUGCCGAGCCCCAUGGACUUUACACAAGCUCAGAAUUACUGUGAGAGGUGCUACCAAGGCCAUCUUGUCUCCAUACACAGCUCCAGCUUAAACCAUUGCCUCCAGUACAAGAUCAAGGAUAUCCACCAAGGCCAGGCCUGGAUUGGAGGCAUCUUGAAGGGCUGGUUGUGGCGCAGGAGAUUUCACUGGACUGAUGGGAGCUCCUGGGAUUAUGAAAACUGGGCCCCAGGGGAGCCUGGAAAUGGGAGAGGUGGCUGUGUUGCUCUAAGCAGCAGAGAUGGUCACUGGCGACGAGCUCCUUGCGAAACGCGUAUGCCCUUCAUCUGCUCCUCCUAAGCCGGUUACACGGAAACCCUGCCUUGGAGCCUCCUCCCUUCACAGCUUCCCAUCUGCCCCCUGGACACUGGGCUCGUCCCCUUGUCCUUCCUGGAUAUAAAAUCAGACUUGCCACAGCA